AUGGCCGCCUCAUCGAGGUCACGCAUCGUCAUUGCACGCCUCUUCUCGACGGCUGGAACUGGAUACGCUUACACUACUGUCAGGCCAAGGAUCGCAGAGAAGCUCGUGCUGCGAAAGUACGACCCCAUUGUCAAGCGACACGUUCUCUUCAGGGAGCGCGGUAGCUCGAAAUCAUAG